CAGGGUGACACCCUGAGACCUCCCUCAAACACUCUAUUCCUCCAGCUCCUGCAGCUGCUCCCAUAAGCCUGGAAACAGUCGGGAAACUCCCAGCUGACCACGCACUGCUUCACACAGCCGACCACUAGACUGUGAUCAUCACAGAGGGAAGGCUGUCUGAGGAGGAGCUUUCCGUCGGUGCCAGCCUUGCCACUCGACAGCCCGGAGCUCCAGCCCCGCCGGCCAGCGCCAUGGAGAAGGUGCAGUAUCUGACUCGCUCGGCCAUCAGGAGGGCCUCGACCAUCGAGAUGCCCCAGCAGGCGCGCCAGAACCUCCAGAACCUCUUCAUCAACUUCUGCCUCAUCCUCAUCUGCCUGCUGCUCAUCUGCAUCAUCGUGAUGUUGCUCUGAGCCUACCACUGCUCACCCCCGGCUCCAACUCCGGACUCCGAGCUGGUUCCGCGGAGGGGAGAGCCACUCGCGGCUACUCCUCCGCACACGGCUCCGCGAGCAGGCCCAGGUUAACGCGCUGUCCUGUCCAGGCACAGCCGUACCACGCUCCUGGAAACACUUCCAGCCUUUGCUUCCUAAUGAUCUCAGUGUACAGUGUGUAACACACCUGCCGACUGCUUCCAGUAGCCUGCUGCUUCCUCUCCUGAGUCCUUUCUGAGGAUGGGGUAGGAGUUUAAUUUUGAAACAGUGUGGCUACCAAGGUCACUAGCUGCACAGAGAGUCGGCCUCAUUCUUGGGCUAAAGUAUAAUUUAGAAUGCACUGUCAAAGUAUCUUUGAUAGUUACUACCUAGUGUUCAAGUCUUCCCCAAAGCAGUGGUGGCGAACCUAUGGCACGCGUGCCACAGCAGACUGCCUGUACCACUGAAAGCUUCGCCAUCACUGCACGAGAGGAGCGAGCCACUUCACACAGCGCUGAGUCCUUGCACCUGUAGAUACUGGCGGGAACCCUUGUCAGGACCUCGCUUCCAAACCACAAGUUAUAUGCUUUUCCUGUACCAAAUGAACACCUGAAGUUUAUGGAAGUCAAAUAAAGAAAGGAACAUAUUCUUAUAUAAAUAAAUUUCUGCUAAUUUUUUCAAAGAACACAAUUCUAGUACAUGUAAAUUAAACAUGAAAUUGACUAUUCUAAAACACUGUCAUCAGCAGAUAAGAACUGGUUACCAUAACUACCAAUACUAGUGUGGUUACCGUAACUACUAACACUAGCAGAAUACCGCCAAACCUUAAUUUAAGACUGUAGAGGAUUACUAACUUGUCAUACUAUAUCAAGAAACCUUAAGACUUACGAAUGAUUGUAUAGGUUAUUUUCUAUUCCAACCUCAGACCAAUGAGGGAGAAAAAGAGUAAAAGAUUUCCAAUGACAGAAAAAUACAUUACUUCAAGAAUUAAAGAAAUAAAAUUUAAAUUCUUUCCAAAUAUUCCUGUAUUACAUUUUAAAAUGACUUUUUGUCCUAUUACUUAUUACAGGACAUAGCUAUUUUCCUCAAUCUAUCAACUAGGCAGUACAUACUUACUUUGUAGGCCACCCUACUUAGCUAAUAAUAUAUCCAGCGAUGCUAACCUACAGUGACUUUCUUGAUGAAUAUAUUUUCAAUCUUCCCUCUGAUCAUUUUUGAGCAUCUUGCAACAAUAAAGCAACCGAAGUAAAAACUGGUGUUGUAAAUACACAGUCACCCAAAUUCCGAAACAAAGUUGAUUCAAGUUUAAAACAGUUUGCACCUUUCCUAUCACACAGCAGCCGCAGCUCCAGUCCAGGUCACACAGUCCCUCAGCAGUCUAAAGAACAGAGCGCACAGCCAGCCACGCUGGCCACACUGUGGGCAGGAGAACCAUCAGGCACAGCGCUAGCCUUGGUUCCCAACACGGGGCUGCUAACUGCGUUGCACAGGAGGUGCUCCUUGCACCUUUCCUCCGCCCCAGGUACCGGGCACAAAGGGAAGCUUUCUGACAGAGCCCUCACGGCAGCCAGGGGGCGAUGAGCCACAGACAGUACACUCGGCACACUGGCCUGCAGCUGCGCGAGAGACUAUCCCAGCUCCAGAAUCGGCUGUACUGACACGAACAGUAAGUGAACCACCAGAACUGAUAAGUCCUAUCCUUUCCUUACAACAUCAACUGAAACUAUCAACUGCGAAGUUAGUUUUUCCUAAGUAAAUGGAAAUAAUGAUUUGGUUUUCCAUACUGCCUUUGACACAAAUUGAAAUUGUAUAUACUGCAAGAAUUUAAGGGUACUGCAACUCAGAUUAAAAUGUACAAGAGCCUAUUUUUAAGUGGAACUUAUGUUUAUUGUGACGUAUAAAGAAGAAGCUAAAGGAAAAAAUAAUGUAUUUUAAAAUUUUACUAAAUGUUCAAAUACUUUCUCUACUAUGGAAUGAAUUCUAAUCUUAACUUACAGGGCAUUAUAAGGGAAUUCAAAUGUUUUAUGCUGCCUUUUACAGUUCAAAAAUGUGUAUUUGCUGAAUGCAAAUAAUCAGAAUCACCCAUAAUAAAAUGAGUGUUCCUGAACUCA